AUGCUUCCUCCCGUACCAUCUCCCGAGGACUACGGCAUCUCCCUGAAAAACGGAUUCCUUUCCCCAGAGCCACCUCUUGAAGCCUUACCAAACCCUUACUACGCAAGAUGGGAGGCGAUUGCCGCUAGGCUUCAACCACUGUUACUGAGUAAACGCGUUCGUCCCAUUUUAAACCAGUUGCCGGUACUGUCAACUUCGUACCUGCAGACAGAUGCCGAGUGGCGCCGGGCAUAUGUGGUUCUCGUAUUCAUGCUGCAUGGCUACGUAUGGGGUGGUGACCGUCCCGCUGAGAAAAUUCCCCCUCAGUUGACUAUCCCAUUGUUUGAAGUCUGCGAACACCUUGAAGUCCCCCCAGUCGCUACAUACGCUGGCGUAUGUCUCUGGAACUACAAGCCCAUCUUCCCAGAUGAGCCCACAGACGACCUUGAUAACCUUGCCUGUCUGCAAACCUUCACCGGAUCUCUCGAUGAGCAAUGGUUCUACCUUGUCCGUCUGCAACAGCUAGCCGAAACUCUUGACGAGAUCAACGCCCUACUUCACCGCAUGUACGAAAACUGUGACCCUUACAUCUUUUACCACCGCAUCCGGCCCUACCUCGCCGGCAGUAAGAACAUGGCUGAUGCCGGACUACCUCGAGGCCUGCUGUACGAUGAUGGCCACAACGUCUCAGAGUACAGACAAUAUGGCGGCGGCAGUAACGCGCAGAGUUCAUUGAUUCAAUUCUUCGAUGUUGUCCUUGGUAUCGAGCACCGUCCAACGGGUGUAUCUCGAAAGGACCAAGAAAGCACACCUUACUCCAGUCCCAAGGCUCGAAACAGCUUUAUUCACGAAAUGCGCGCCUACAUGCCUGGCCCACAUCGGCGUUUCCUCGAGCACGUCGAUUCAAUCGCUAAUAUCCGCUCAUUCGUCGAAGCCCGUCGCUCUGAUGGAGCCUUGUGUCUCGCAUACGAUGCAUGUCUCGCCAUGCUACGUGCCAUGCGUGAUACCCAUAUCCAAAUCGUUUCCCGAUACAUUAUUGUGCAGGCACGUGGAGCUCGUCAGUCACCAUCCGUUAUCCCUGCCAGUGUUCAGCAGCCCGCUGCUCAGAACUUGGCAACUGCUGUUCCACCGGACAGUAAGAAGCUCCGUGGAACGGGUGGCACGGCACUUAUUCCGUUCUUGAAGCAGGCUCGAGAUGAGACGGGUGAACCCGCUAUCGACGUUUGGGCUCGUCGGAUUCUUAGCAACGGUCCCGCAGCUGCGGGAUCUGCACCGCUGAGCAAAGUGGGCGAGCACCCGGAUGGCCAUUUGGAGGUGGUUGGGCUCUGUGGAACCUGGACGGCGGAUGAUAGUGAAGGUGGAAUCUGCCACUGGUGA